AUGGAGAAAGGGGAACGGGACAACCAGACCGUGCUGACAGAGUUCCUCUUGCUGGGACUGGGGGAAACCCAUGAGCUCCAGCCAUGUCUCUUUCUCCUCUGCCUGACCAUAUACACAGUGACCAUGCUUGGGAACAUCCUCUUCAUUGUUCUCGUGGCUGCAGACUCACGUCUCCACACACCCAUGUAUUUCUUCCUGGUGAAUCUGUCCAGCCUAGAGACUUGCUACAGCUCCACCAUCCUGCCCAGGCUGCUAGGCAGUUUCCUGACUAGAGAUAGGACCAUCUCUGUGCAGGGAUGUAUGGUACAGUUUUUCUUCUUUGGCACUUUCGCUACUUCUGAGUGCUACCUGCUGGCUGCCAUGUCCUAUGAUCGGUAUCUGGCCAUCUGUCAACCCCUGCUUUAUACAAGCCUCAUGAACUGGAAGAUAUGUAUCCAAAUGGUGGCUGGAUCAUGGACUGCAGGACUGCUAAUUUCUACAGGAAUCACGUCUUUCAUAUCUCACCUAAGGUUCUGUGGCCCCCAAGCAAUUGACCACUUCUUCUGUGAAGAGGCUCCACUGCUAGAACUCUCCUGCAGCGACACUGGGAUGAUCAGAAUUCUUACUGUGAUAUUAUCUUUCCCGGAUGUAGUUUUCCCAUUUCUGUUCACUCUGGCAUCCUAUGUCUGCAUCAUAGCUGCCAUCCUCAAGAUUCCAUCCAGCAUGGGGAGGCACAAGGCCUUUUCCACCUGCUCCUGUCACCUGACUGUGGUCAUUGUUUUCUAUGGGUCCCUCUUCAUUGUCUACAUGCUGCCCAAAACAGUGCCACUGAGACAGCUUUACAAAAUGUUCUCCUUUUUUUACACAGUCCUCAUACCUCUCGUCAAUCCACUCAUCUAUAGUCUGAGGAACAGAGAGGUCAAGGGGGCACUGGAGAGGGUGCUCGGGAGGGCUGCUGCUUUCACUGACAGCUCCAACUAG